CCAAACAUCUUGACCGUUUUUCUCAGCAACCGCCGGUAAACCGGCCAUAGGGGAGAGAGAAGCCGGGGAAAUUCACGUUAAGUGGCAUUCUGUGUAAAUAGUAACAGAAACCAACAAUAGAGUUUCUUCUUCUUCUGAGGUCUGACUCUGAGUCCGCGUGUACUAUAAUAAAGUCUCAAAGAAAAAAGGCCAACAGUUUUGUUUUGUCUACUCAUUUUCUUUCUUCCCACCUCUUGCCGUAGACUCCAAGUUCAAAAGAAAAGACCGAACCUUCCCCUCUCGACUCUCGACUCUCAACUACUGCAAAUGACUUCCUUCUCCUCUCUCCUUCUCUCUCACCCGACGGAUGCGAAGGAUAUCGCAGUGAGUUUAUGUAUACUUUUGUUGGAGGCUUCUCAAAUUGGUAUGAAGGGUCUCACAUGGAAGUCCUUCGCUCAGUUUACUGGUUUUUCAUAAUGUGUCUACUGGCAAGAUUUAGGAACUGUGUUGGUCAAACUACAGACUGACAGAUGAGAAUAUGUUUCUUCACAAUUUUGAAGAGAUGAAUUAUAUGCCAGAGUUUUGUAUCUGGUCUAAUUCCCAUGGAAGGGUUUGAUUUCCUUUCUUGCGUUUCUCUGGGUUUUCUGGACUUGCUAACUGAAAAUGAAACUCCAGAGGUAUGCAGACGUUCUAGUAACUAAGAAGUGGUAUAUUGUACUCAUUAUGAACUCAGUUCUGUUGAGAUUUAACUAUCGCUUGAUUGAUUCAAAAGUGUAAUCUGCAAAGAUGAAGAAGUGGUCUGGGGGUCUUCUGAUUGCUUCCUUGUUUAUGUUGCUGGUUCUGAGAUAUGGCUUCAUGAAAAAUCCCAUUGGGGAAAGUUUACUUCUCAGUCCAUUCUCCUUUAAUGCAUCUAAUCCCCUUGAAUGGGUUCAUGCUGGGGUUCCAUUUGCAGUUCAAAAUCUUGAUAAUGUCUCACAAGUAGUUUCUGCUGCUACAUUGGUUUCUCAUCUUUUUACUUGGAGGAAUUUCUCAAGGGAGGAGAAAAGGUCAUUAUAUACAUGGAAACAUUUAAACAAUUUGAUAAAUAGCAGUAAGGUUCUACCAAAUGCAAUAGAAGCUAUCAAGGAAGCUGGAGUCGCAUGGGAUAGUCUUAUGGUUUCUGUUGAAGAGGAAAAAGUUAGUUAUAAAAAUGGAAGUUCACAUCAUAAGACGAAAGAGAAACUGUGCCCUUAUUUUCUGAGCAAAAUGAAUGCCACAGAAUUUGGUGAUACUGGUUAUAAGUUACAGAUACCUUGUGGGCUCAUUCAGGGUUCUUCGAUUACCAUCCUUGGUGUUCCAAAUGGUCUCCUUGGCAAUUUUCGGAUUGAUUUAACAGGAACACCACUUCCUGGGGAGCUAGAUCCUCCCAUUAUAUUGCACUAUAAUGUUAGGCUUCAUGGUGAUAAGAUAACUGAGGAUCCUGUAAUUGUACAAAAUACCUGGACCAUAGCUCAUGAUUGGGGUGAAGAGGAAAGAUGUCCUUCUCCUGUUCCUGACAAUAAAAAGAAAGUUGAUGAAUUGGAGCAGUGCAAUGUGAUGGUGGGUAAAAAUGUUAGCCGGAGGUUCAUAACUAGUAAAUAUUCUAAUAUUUCAAUCCGGACCUCCAUAGAACAAAGAUCUAGACCCAGGCGCUAUUUUCCUUUCAAGCAAGGUUAUAUGUCUGUUUUCACUCUUAGGGUGGGAGCAGAAGGGAUCCACAUGACAAUCGAUGGCAAGCACAUGACAUCCUUUGCAUACCGUGAAACUCUAGAACCAUGGCUUGUCAGUGAAGUAAGAAUAGCUGGAGACCUUAAGUUAAUUUCUGUCUUAGCCAGUGGUUUACCCACUUCAGAGGAUAUGGAUCAUGUUGUUGACUUAGAAUCACUCAAGUCAGCUCAUCUGCCUCUCCACAAGACUUUGGAUUUUUUCAUUGGUGUCUUCUCUACAGCGAACAAUUUCAAUCGUAGGAUGGCUGUUAGGAGAACUUGGAUGCAGUAUCCUGAAUUGCAGUCAGGAGCAGUUGCAGUGCGUUUUUUUGUGGGCCUGCAUAAAAACCAGAUGGUGAAUGAGGAACUCUGGAAUGAGGCACGGACAUAUGGAGAUAUUCAGCUAAUGCCUUUUGUUGACUACUACAACCUCAUCACCUGGAAAACCAUAGCAAUAUGCAUCUUUGGUACAGAGGUUGUUUCAGCCAAGUAUGUGAUGAAGACAGAUGAUGAUGCAUUUGUGCGUGUGGAUGAGGUGCUUGCUUCAUUGAAUAAGAUCAACGUGACUAGUGGUUUACUAUAUGGUCUCAUUAACUCAGAUUCCCAACCUCAUCGAAAUACCGACAGUAAAUGGUAUAUUAGCCCAGAAGAAUGGCCAGAAGAAACUUAUCCCCCUUGGGCACAUGGUCCUGGUUAUGUUGUGUCACAUGACAUAGCAAAGUCGAUCUCCAAGAGAUACAAAGAUGGCAGCUUGAAGAUGUUUAAGCUGGAGGAUGUGGCAAUGGGCAUCUGGAUUGCAGAGAUGAAGAAAGGAGGAUUGAAGGUCAGAUAUGAAAAGGAAGAGAGGGUGUAUAAUGAAGGGUGCAAAGAUGGUUACAUCGUUGCCCACUAUCAAGGCCCUAGAGAGAUGCCCUGCCUGUGGCAGAAGCUGCAAGAGGGAAAAGGGGCUAAAUGCUGUGGAGAAAAAUAAGCAGAGUGCCGCAACUGGGACUUUAGAACCAGAUAAAACCUCAAGAGUAUUAGUGUUGUGUGAAGGGAUCCAACUAACUUCAAGUUUCACAGAGUUCUAAUUGCCGGGAUUUUCAUAGCGAUAACAUAUGGGUUUUAUAGUUGGUUGAGAUGCUGGGUGUUUUACACCAUGCGAAUUGAGAUACCUGUGGUAUAUGCAUUUUUCAGAGAGAGAGAGAGAGAGAGAGUCCCACGCUUGUAUAUAAUAUAGUCUGCUAAUGCCAUUAUUUCAUUACACGGUUAUUAAAGGCGACACUGUAUUCUUUCUAAUGCUUUUAUUGAGUGAUUAGUCUUGCAUUCUUUGCUCUCGGAGUAUUAA